CCCAGCUGAUAACCCGCAUGUCUCAACCCGCACCACGCCCCCUCUGCACUUUCGAAAGGCAGCGGUGGCGGUCGCCAACCACGGGCGCGGCGGGUUGCAAGUACGGAUUGUCGCGUGCAGUGAUAGGUGCGAGCCCGGCGGGUUGUUUCUGAGCAUGCUCGGUCCUUAUUGCAGCUGCGUGUGGUGGUUCGAUAGCAUACCCUGAUCAGCGUCAUGGUUGCUAUUCUUGGGGGUGGGCCAUUUGCCCGGCUCGGGGCGGAUAUAUAGGGCGGAAGGAUUAUGGUGUUUGCCGCGAGGGCGCUGGUAUUGGUCUGGUUAUAUUGUUCUUCAACCAGAGAGGGGACGAGGGUUUUUUGCUUCUUUUACAAGAGCCUACUUUUGCUCUGCAAGCAGACUUUGUUUUUUUUAUCAGUGUUCAUGGCGAGACAACCGAGGAAGUGGACGACGGCGGAGGAUCAGGUCCUCAAGGCGGAGGUGUCGAUGCAGUUGAUAACUGGAGAAGUCAAAGACUGGUGUCGGUAUGUCGAAGAGGGCUCAAUAGGAGACAAGCCGGAACUAAAUUCUAUCAGCAUCGCUUCAAGCCUGCCGGGAAGAACAAACAAAGACUGCCGAAAACGCUGGCAUAAUGCUGUCGCCGGGGGUCUGAAGAAAGGCCAAUGGGCAAAGUCAGAGGAUGUCCUUCUUACUACAGGAGUCGAACGACAUGGCCAACGUUGGACCUUGGUUGCAGAGAUCGUUGGUUCGAGAAGUGCAGAUCAAUGCGCCAAGAGGUGGCAACAGUCCUUGAAUCCAGAACUCGACCUGAGUGAGUGGAAGGCAGAAGAGGACGAACUGCUUCUGAAAGCAGUCGAGCGAUACGGGCGCCACUGGAAGGAAAUCCAACACGCGCAUUUCGCCAGCCGGUCCAAAAACUGUAUCAAGAAUCGCUGGACGGUGCUACUCCGACGCUCUCAACACCAAGGACUAGAGCUGUUCAGCAGGGACAGAGGAUCUCUGCACUUUGAUAGCCUUGAAAAAGAUCUGGAGGACGAGAGCAUUGAUAGCGAUGGGAUGGAUGACGACUCUGGGGUCAGUGUCAGCUUUGGUCGCUCUCCCAGAACACCAAGUUUUGAUCACUGCUCCUCCUUGGUCGCUGACGACUCAUCUUCCAUGAGCUGGACGCCUUCAGAGUCAGUCUGUGCGUCAACAAACGGCUCCGACCUUGGCAACCUUACUUCCAUAUCGGUAGACAACAACUUCGAACAGAUCGAUUUCGCCGCCGCCACCAGUUGGCCCUGGCAAGAGAGCAUGGCGGAUCCAUCUCUGUAUUCUGGUGUCGGCACUGUAGGUGGAUACGCCCAGCCCGGAUUCGACUCGUUCGACUCGUCACAGUCAGCAUAUUCUGCAACAGUCUUUCCCGGGAGAUUGCCGUACAACAGCUCACCAUCGAUGAGUAACUAUCCAUCUGGAUUAAUCACCAACGGCAAUAGCACUUACGCUUGUUCGUCGCCGGUCCAGGAUAGUCAGAGCGCCGUUGAAGUUACGCUAAGAUUCAACAAACCCGAUACAGCAAUGAUGAAUAACUUGAUGAACCUUGUUCGGGUUGAAAGAGAUGUGUAG